AUGCUCGCACCCCGGCCGCCGGCAGGUUCCCCAGUCGCCGGAAGUCUAGAACCCGGCCACCUCCUCCAUCCUUCUCUCUCAACCAAUCCAUCAACCUCCUCCAUUUCUGUCCGAGGGCAACCCAGGAGUGUCAUCACGGUCGAGCACCACCUCUGGCAGCGGCCCCGACCUCCGUCGUCCCGCCGUGCAGGCUGCCGCCGUCCCCACGCGCCGCCGUCGCGGCCUGGACGCCCUGCGGCCGAGCCUGACCUAGAUCUGGCCGAGCCUGGUCCCGCACCGCCUCCAUGGGCCCCGUCGGCCUUGGACUACUAUGCCGGCUUCCCCGGCGUCGUCACCGCCGGCCCCUGCCGCUCCCGUGCGCCGCCGGCGCUGCCUCUGCUCCCUGCGGCCACCACGGUCAGCCCAGACCGAGCUCGGGUGGGCUCGAGGCCCGCGCGCCGCCGCCACUCCAGAUCGGCCGCGCCGUCAUUCCUCACCCUCCGGCUACCUCCGGCGCGCGUCCCCGGCCAUCCCCGACCACCGCCGGCCGCAGCCCGAAGCUCCUGUAACCGCCCAGACGCUAUGCGGGCCGAGGCUGAGCCUUCGUGGCCUCCGCGCGUCGCCACCGCCUAUGGGGGGGAGCACCACCUCCCCUUCGGCCUCCGCCGCCGGUUAGUUGCCGCCCCGACCUCCUCCGGCCGCCGCCGCGCCGCCGGAAAGAUCGAACCCGAGAAGGAUUGGGUGGAGUCGAUCUCCUCCGCCGCGCCACCGGUCGUGCUGAACGUCGUGCUCACUUCCGUCGAGCCCUGCGAUGCCUUGGUUGCUCGGGCAACCGCGAUCUUCCUGCGGUGCGCGCUGCAUCGCUGA